AUGUGUGCCAACUUGGCUCAUCCUUAUGAUGAUAAUGAGAUUUAUACACCCACCCAUAAUGCUCUUUCUGGUCAAACAGUUUCUAGUAUGUAUAAACUCAAAGACAUCAAUAAUAAUGAUGGCGCCUUUUUCAUUUUCGGUGAUCUCUCUGUUAAGGUAGAAGGCCAUUUUCGAUUAAAGCUAUCUCUGUUUGAAAUUACUUGCACUGGUGCAGUCUGUCUUCAAUCUGUCUUUACAAGCCCAUUUAUCGUGUAUCCUGCAAAAAAGUUUCCCGGUGCACUUGAUUCUACCUUUUUAUCAAGAUCUUUUUCGGACCAGGGUGCUCGUAUCAAGAUUCGCAAAGAAAACAGACAGGCGUAA